AUGUCUCUUUCAGUUCGCCUACUGCUUCAGAAAGUGCAAGAUACCUCGGUGACCGAGUUCAUCCUGGUGGGCCUCACUGACAACCCCGAGAUACAGUUGGUGCUCUUUGUGAUCUUCCUGGUAGUCUACGUGCUGACCUUGGCUGGCAACAUCCUCAUCAUGGUCACCAUUGUGCGUGACCGAGGCCUCCAUACUCCCAUGUACUUCUUCCUGAGCAAUCUCUCCUUCAUCGACGUCUGCCACUCCACGGUCACCGUGCCCAAGAUGCUGGCUGACUUCCUGUCAACCGAAAAGACCAUCUCCUUUGGGGGCUGUGUGGCCCAGAUGUUCUUUCUUCACUUCUUUGCUUGCACCGAGAUUUUCCUUCUCACAGUCAUGGCCUAUGACCGCUAUGUGGCCAUCUGCAAUCCUAUGCAUUACCUCACCGUCAUGAACCACAAGGUCUGCCUCCUGCUGGCUGGCACUAUCUGGCUAGGUGGCACAGUGCACUCCCUUGCCUUGAUCGGCAUGACCAUCAAUCUACCCUACUGCGGGCCCCAGAAGGUCGACAACUUCUUCUGUGAUGUCCCCCCUGUCAUCAAGCUUGCAUGCACGGACACCUACAUAAUUGAGAUCCUCAUCGUUUCCAACUCGGGGCUCAUCUCUGUGGUCUGCUUUGUGGUUUUGGUGGUCUCCUACGGUGUCAUCUUGGUCUCCCUCCGCAACCGUUUUGCUGAAGGCCGACGAAAGGCACUCUCCACGUGUGCAGCCCACCUCACGGUGGUGACUCUCUUCCUGGGGCACUGCAUCUUCAUUUAUUCCCGACCCUCCACCAGCUUCUCGGAGGACAAGGUGGUGUCAGUCUUCUUCACUGCUGUCACCCCAUUGCUCAACCCUAUUAUCUACACACUGAGGAACGAGGAUAUGAAGCGGGCACUCAGUAAACUAGUUGGCUGGAAGGUGAAUUCAGAGAAGAAUUGA